AUGGGCGUUAUCCCGGAGAGAGCAGAGAAAAAAUGCAGUCCAAAACGGACGAUUUAUUCAUCUCAACGGCAACUUCGGAAAGCAAAAUCGACGUCAUGGCAUAGCUUAUAUUCUUUUUAUAUUUAUGAUGCUGCGUGGUAUGACAUAUUUAUAGGGCGAAGAACUACCGGGGAAGCAGCGCUUAACAUAUACAGCAUCGUCGAUAACCCCGAGAAUGCGCCGCUUGCGAUUUUCAGCUUAAUAUUGACGCCGUCGGGGCUGGCUGAUCCGGCCGCGAUCAGUAAGGCAGCUGCAAUCAGGCGCGGGUUGACUGACGCGGACGUGGCCAAACUGGGAACAAAGGUGGCGGGGAAGUUGGGAGCUAUUAAGAAAGGGAUGCAGAUUUGCCGCAAGGCAUGA